AACGAUAAAUUUCUGGAGCUGGGCUUGGGUGUGGUGUUUUUUUUAAUAUCUGUUUUAACUUUGUGCCUGUUUUAAUUUGUUUGUUUAAAUAUAACUACGAUGGUUAGAGUCCCAGUAUGUGCGGCUCUAGUCAGCGUUCUUUGCAUCACAGUCGUUUGCGCACAACAUCACUACGAUGAGCAUAGAACGAGUCAAAUCAUUUGGUGCACGAAGAGUCUGGAGGAGCAGUAUAAAUGCCAAAACCUGACUGUUUCCAUCGAACGCGACCGCGCACUCUUCGACGAGGCGUUUCUGAAUUUAACAUGCUUCAAGGCAUUCAGUGCUGAUGAGUGCAUCCACCACAUCGAUCGUGAAAAGGCCCAUAUAACCUCACUGGACGCUGGCGAUGUCUUCACAGCUGGGCGGUACAACUCUCUGAUUCCAAUAAUGCAGGAAAAGUUGGAGGGCGGCUUUCAGGAGUAUCAGUCCGUGGCGGUGAUCAAGAAGGGUGCACUGCCCGAUGUGACUAGUUUGCAUGGUCUGCGAAAUAAGCGAGCAUGCUUCCCAUGGGUUGGCAGCUUGGCCGGUUGGAUUGUGCCCAUACACACGCUGCAAAAAGAAGGUGGCAUGGAAGUUGUGGACUGCAACAACCAGGUGAAAACAGCUGCCAACUACUUCAACAGGUCGUGUGCCGUCUACUCUCUAACUGACAAAUACAAUCCAAUUGGCGACAACUCCGACAAAUUGUGUACCCUUUGCACUGGCAAGAUUCCCGGUGGCCGCUGUUCGUCGGCUGAUCCCUACUUUGGCUACGACGGAGCAUUUAGAUGCCUACUCGAAGCCGGCGAUGUUGCCUUCCUGCGUCACUCGACAGUCAGUGAAAUGCUGCAGACCCCAGAAUUUAUAAACUUGUCACCAGACAAAUUCGAACUGCUUUGCCGUGAUGGACGUCGUGUGCCAAUUAACGACUACCGCCAAUGUAAUUGGGGCCAGGUGCCAGCCGAUGCCAUUGUAACCUCUUCGGCGCGCAGCUUCAGUGACAGAGCGCAGUAUCAAAUGUUUUUGAAGCGCAUCUCUGAGCUGUACUCGGACGGGCUUCGUGAAAACAGUCCCAACAACCAGGGAUCAACCGGGUUUACCAACUAUGAGCAGGGUCGCAGCAAUCCCUACGAUCAGUUUGGCAAUCAAUAUGACCAAUCCAGCAAUGCCUUUAGCCGAAAUCAGAAUCCCUUCGAUCGUUUUGACAACUCGAAUUUCCGCAACGAACGUUUGGACAGCAGCUUCACGUCCGAUGCCAACACCCCAGACCGCAACAACGGAUCGGUUCUCUAUGAAAAGUUCCGCAUAUUUGAUUCGAAACGAUACGGAAAGACCAACCUGCUGUUCCAGGACUCGAGCCGUGCUCUUACAGUCAUACCCGAAGAUGAUCAAUCCUUCACAAAAUAUCUGCAGAGUUCCAUCAACUAUAUCUACGGAAUACGUGAAUGCCCAAUACCAGCGAUGACCCUUUGCGUGACUUCAGAGCAGGAGCUGGAAAAGUGCAUUAAAAUGAGGACUGCCCUGAAAGCACAGAUUCUGAAACCCGAACUCAUUUGCAAGAAAAUGCACUCCCACAUAAAUUGCAUGCAGUUCAUUCAGGCGGGCAAGGCUGACAUUGCUGUAUUCGAUGCCGGAGAUGUCUACACAGGUGGCUUGAACUACGAUUUGAUACCGUUCAUGUCCGAGGUGUACAAUCUGGGGGAGCCGUACUAUUACGUGGUUGCUGUCGCCAAGGAGGAGGAUCCCGAUACGGAGCUCACCUACCUAAAGGGCAAAAAUACCUGCCACACGGGCAUCAACACCGCCGCUGGCUGGACAUAUCCCAUGGCCCUGUUCAUCUCAAACGGCUGGAUUCGACCAUACGGCUGUGACUCUGUGCGCGCUGCAGCGGAAUACUUUACAAAGUCCUGCGUUCCCGGUGCCAUUAGCAGCGAGUAUAACACCGGUGUGCCGUAUGACAGCAUGUGUGACCUGUGCCACGGAACUAGCUACAGAUACUGCCGACGAGAUGCGUCAGAGGACUACUAUGGGCACACCGGUGCAUUCAGGUGUCUGGUGGAAGGCGGCGGCCAUGUGGCUUUCAUGAAGCACACAACAGUGAUGGAGAGCACGGGCGGCAAGCGGAAAGAGUGGUGGGCGCGUAACGCCCUGAACGACGACUUUGAGCUCUUAUGCACGGACGGCACUCGCGCCGAGAUACAGGAGUACAAACGCUGUAACUUAGGCAAGGUAAAGGCCAAUGCCGUGGUAACGCGCGGAGGCGUCAACUACAACGAAACCCAGUUAAAUGCUUACAUCAACCUCUUGACUUAUGCACAACAACUGUACGGCAGAAAGGAUGUAGAUGCCUUCAGUUUUAGCAUGUUCUCAUCUCCGAUCGGACACUACGACCUGAUCUUUCAGGAUGCCACUCGGCAGCUGCAGGUAAUUCCGCGCAAUCAGCGCACCUACGAUUCCUAUUUGGGAAGCGACUUUAUGAGGGCUCGUCGCAUAACCGACUGUUAUGCGGGUUCCUCUCAAGUGGCCCUUUCCAUAGGUCUGCUCCUUUUAAGUGCAAUAGCUAUAAUGCUCUAAGUGCAACCCACUCACUGCCAGUCUUAACAUCUACAUAGACUCGAAGUACAAUAAUCUCUAGCACAAAAAAAAGAUAACAUAUCAACAUUUUUACAUUCCCAAUACGCAUAGUUGACCAUUACUAUGAGAUCGCUUUUGUAGUCCACAAAGGUCAUAUUAUUUUUUAAAAAGUGCCUCGAAUUAUACAGAAAAUGUACGUUUAAUGUAUGUGUACAUAGCAACUAAGUCCGUCCAAAAAAAAGUUGUACCUACCAUAUACAAAGUGUAACUGAAGAUCUGCUCCGCGACAAUUAUUAAAGAAGGAGCAACGUUUUACAAAGUU